GCGAUGUUUGGGGGGAAGAGGAUAGUUUGCAGCGUACGAUCUUCUUCAAACCGGCUCGUUUAAGUGAUGGAUCAGAAGAGUGGGGGGUGAAAUGAGAUCGAGAGGAAGGGGAGCGGUUAUUGGGAAGGGCAGGAGAGGGGAGGAGGAGAAGGAGGAGAUGGUGAGGGGAGGAGGAGGAGGAGAUGUGGAUGGUCCUUUCGGACAAUUGUACAGUGUUGGACAUGCCUUUAGACCGUUCAAUCCUGUCUCUCACAGUAGAGCAAGCAGAUGGACCGGCGGCUCCAGCGGCUCCUUGAAGAAUUCACCCUCCGGUAGGCCUGGAGGAGAGUCAGCCACUCACGUGGCGAUAGGCAGGGAGGCUUCCUUAUCGUCUGCCGGUGUUUCGCAGAAGGUUUCUGCUUCUGCGGUCCGUAGCAACCAGCGAAGGCCAAGCCAAAAAGCGGCUGUGGCGACGACAGUGUCAGCGUCAGCAUCAUCGACAGCGGCGGGAAGUGCAGGAAGGGGAGGUGACAUCAAGCAUAAAGGAAAAGGCCGUGCACAGGCCGCCGAUAAUGAUCGUAAAGCCCAACAAGACGAGCAGACUAAAGGACAAGAGGAUGGAGGGAAGGACAAGAGGGGAAAGAGAAGGAGAGUUGGGGGAGAAGGAGUGGAGGAUAGGGGGCGGGAGAAGAGGAGCCGUCUCCUCUCGCCUCGAGGACUGCGAACGAGAGCAUGCGCGGAAUCAGAGGAGCAGGAAGAGUGUCAGAUGGAAGAAGACGGAGGCAAGGUCAGCUCACCAAACCGUUGCGGAGACGGGAAAGGAAAAUUAGAGGAAAACGAGAAGCAGAGAGGGAAUGCAGCAAGCAAGGGAGAGAAGAGGAGAAGAGAGAGAGAAGGAUGGGUUGCGGGUGUCGUUUUGGCAGGGGGUGAUGGAGGAAGAAAGAUGGUCGUGCCGGUGGACAAGCUGGACGAAGAGGAAGGGAAGGCCGAUAAGGAAAGUGGGGAGAGGAAGGAUGAAACACUGGCAUCUGCCGGAACUCAUAUGGUAUUAAGGAGUGCAACAGGACAGCGAGGCGGUCCUGGGGCAGGGAGAAGCAGUGGGAGGCGGUCACGUAAGGAGAGGCUGGCAGCAGGACCUUCCGCCCGUCGCGAAUGGGUAGUUGUGAUCUCUAACGGAGGUGAUGAGAAGGAUGUAGGGCGAAGAAAAUCAGCCAAGCCAGAAGCGAAGGAGGGUGCUGGUGGUAGGCUCCCCAAGGGAUUGAGGACAGGACCUGCAUCACCGUCAGCAGUCUUAUCCCACAGCAGCAGGGCUGGCAAAGAAGUUGUGGCGAAGCGAGGGAAGAAAGAUAAAGCCAGCAGCAGCGAGGCUGCUGGUGAGGGUGACGACGAGGAUGACCGUACUCAGACGGGUGAGGUUGGUGCAGUUGCAGGACAAGAAGAAGGACCAGAAGGACAAGAGGAAGGACCAGAAGGAGAAGAAGAAGGACCAGAAGGGCAAGAAGAAGGGCCAGAAGGACAUCUAGAAGAACCAGGUGGCGAAGCCGAAGUAUCUCCAGCAAAGAAUUCAGAAGAGGGGAUGUCGUGUGCAAUGGAGGCAGCACGGUCAAUUGAAGAAGAGGAACAGGUGCAAGCAAAGGAAACAAAGACAGAAACGAAGGAGGAGGGGCAGGCGUCUGAAGAGGAUGCACAGGGGGCAGGGGAAGAGGCUAGAGAAGCAGGUGGGGAGGUUCAAGCAGCAGGACACGAAGCGAAGGCAACUAUGGAGAAGGGUUCGGCAGUGCAAGAGGACACUCGGGCAGAAGCACAAGAGGACGCUCCUGCGGUAGCAGCAAAGGCUUUGGCAGAAGGACAGGAGGCGCGUGUAGAAGUGGGGGAGAAUCCAGAAGCACGAGAAGAGCCACAAGAAACACGGAAGCAAGGAGAGGAAGGAGAGGAUCAUGCUGCCCAGGUUGUGGGGACCGUCUGUAAACAAGGAGUGACUGUGUCUUGUCCAGAAGAUAGGGUGGGAGGAGGCAUGAUCCCCUCUUGCAGCAGCAGCAGCGUGCGGAAAAUGGAGAAAGCUGCGGGUGUUGUGCAAGGAUCUGAGAAUCUACGAUCACAGGAUCAUCUCUCAGCAAAUGGGGGGGGGGAUGAGAGCCUGGUACUCCGUCGUGAGGAAUGUGCAGAGGAUUGUGUGAAGAUAGAACAGAAGGAGGAGGCCAGUGGUUCCGCUUGCAGGAAAACCACCAAGAACAUGGAAGGAGAUAAGCUACCAUCCAUACUUCUUCCUCCUCGUCCUCCCCAACCUCUUGAGAAAUCCUCCAGCGAGGGGCGGGCGGAUGGAGGAGGUGGUGCUGCCAGGCCCAUUCUCAGCCGACCAUGGCCUAACGGUCGAGACGGAGGAAGGAGCGCCAUGGGAGCGCCAGUGAAAAAGACGCUGGGUGCCACCAACCUGCCCUCCUCAUUUUCCUCCUUCCGUCAACUGCCGCAGCAGCAAAUACACGGGGGAGGCUUUGUAAGGAGGAAUCGUAGUGGAAAGGGAUGGUGGCAGGUAUCCCCAUCAACGGAGGAGGAAGACGAAAGGAGGAGGAGGGCUGCCAUGUGUGGCAGUGGCAUUGGCAGUGGAAUAGGAGUUGUUGUGACCAACGGAUCUCUAGGCGCUGUCAGCGAGUGGAGGCAUGAAAAGGGGAAAGGAGGGAGUGGUUUUGAGCCAGGGGAUCGAGGAGGUCAGAUGGAAGGUGGGCCGUUGGGGACCGCCGCGAAUGCUGUCCCUUUGCGGACAAAGAUGAUGGGUCGGGAGGCUGACUGCAACUCCUUUCUGAUUGGACCCUACUGCUCGUACGGCUGGAGUGAAGAUGUGGAGCUAUCAGCGCUGAAGACUGCAGAUGAGGUGUUGGCGGUCUACCUUAUAUUCUGCAAAGAUGGAAAUCAAGCUAUGAUCUUCACGAGGAAGCAAGAUGGAGGCCGUUGUUGGCGACUCCCCGCAAGAGCAUUUGCUGGCAAUCCCGGGGACGAAGACGUCACUUCCGAUGUCACCAAAGUCUUGCCCCCGGGCUAUUCCUGCGGCCUGAUGUUAGAACCCCCUCGCUUAGCUUAUUGGGCUGUCAACGGCGAGCAGAAAUAUCGAACAACCUUUUUCAUGUUCAAGGCAAUCAAACGUAACAAUGUGGGAGGUAGCGACGAAGAUGGGAAGGAGUCAGGGUCGUCGCAUCCGUCCUUCCCGGGCACUAAGUCGUCAGAGCUAGAGGUGGAAUGGAUCGACCUCGCGGUCCUCGCGGAUCCCUUGGCGGAGAUGACCGGUAGGGUUCUGGUUAUGGGCCGUUCAAAUGCGUCUUUGCUAUUCCGAAUGCAGCCUAGGCUUAGGGGACCAUGGUGGCCACUGCACCCCGGAUUCCCGCAAAGACUGGCUCACUCCAAGGUUCACUUCCCACUCCCUCAGCGUGUGAUACCCUCUAGACCAAAGCCACUUUAUGGUUAGGAUGAACCAAAGCUGGAGCCUAUCGUCCGUCAGGUCCAUAGCCGAAGCUGGGAGAAGAGAGAAAGGGAUAGAAGCAGUACCAUGCCAGCAUGCCAGCACAUAUGCGCAGACGUCUCCAUAGCUGCGCAUGCACGCACACCCAUCUGUUUGUGUGUGUGCUCACACGUGCAUGCACUUGUGCUCAUCUAUGCAUGAGAGAGAGAGAGAGAGAGAGAGAGAGAGAGAGAGAGAGAGAGAGAGAGAGAGAGAGAGAGAGAGAGAGAGAGCAGUCCAAGAUGGAAAAUGCAUGGAAUAGGUAGCAAAGAAAGACAUGGUGGUGAGGUAUUAAUCCCUUUCCAUUUUAUCUUUCAAUGUUGCAAAGGGGUUGGUGGGGGAUUACCUGAAGGUGAAGGUGUAUCUAGGAUAGGACGUAGUAGGACCAGGAAGCCCCAAGGCUUCAUUACAGAAACAGAGACCCCUCAGAUGGAGGAGGCUGUGGCGGGCAAGCGAGGGGGGGGGGGGGGAAGGGGRGGGGAAGGGGGGGGAUUCUCCAGGAGAUGCAGACUGAUGAGGAAGGGGGGAGGAACGAGAGCGGAUGGUCGAGGGCAUUAACGUGUUCUGCUUCUUGCUCUGUAUUUUCUUGGAGCAUCAACAGAUGAAUCAGAGGAAGAUGGGUGAGGUUGAUUGGGGGGCGCGCGCAUUUAGGGGAGUUUGGGUUGUGGGGAGGAGAGGUGGGGGGGGAAGGGGGAGCAAGCGAAGGAGUGGAGAAGGGGGAGGAAGAAGUGGGUUUAUGGGGGCUCUGCUGUAACUCACAUAGUUUUCAAGAGAGCGAUCAGUCCGGGGAGGGAAAUUGUUGAAGUGUGUAUUGUACUCUGGGGUGCUUUCAUCUUGUCGUCGCUCAUAUUCUCUCUUUUUUGCCUUACUUGCGUGAUGUAGAGCUGCACUGACAGCCCUGGGGUAGGAGAAGGUAGGAGAGGAGAGGGUAGGAGGAGAGGUGGUUCGUUUCCGAUGUCCAUGGAUUCCUAUCUACAGCUGUUUGUGCCUCUAUGCAGCUUUUUGAACGUUCCGACUUGUACAUUCCGCUUGUCUGGAUCUCCUCCAUCGAUCUUUGCCCGUUUCUUUGUUCAGCUUCUUCCCUGCAAGGAUUGUUUUUUUUUUUUUUUUUUUUUGUAUUUUAUGUCUUGUCAUCAUCAUCAGCUCGUUGGGGGUCGCAAAGCGACAAUUGUGUAUUUGUCAUGCCUGUAGUAAUUUCCCCUUUUCAAGCACUGAAAAAAAGAGAAAGGAUCGGUGUUAUGGCGGUGGUGCUGGGCAUGGCUGUGGACCUGUGAUUGGUUGAUGGCGAUUCCCCCUUCCGUCUCCCUUCUCCAUCUGUAUUGCUGCAACUUGCCGGGCUAGUUUUCCUCCCUGCCUUAUUAUAAUAUUUUAUGCCCAAAGUGGCAACAACGCAGCAACUUGAAGAAACAGAGAGAGAGAGAGAGAGAGAGAGAGAGAGAGAGAGAGAGAGAGAGAGAGAGAGAAUGCGGGGGAACAAGCAGAGAUCUAAUUCCUUCAGAAGUGUUGUUAUCACCGCCAACUUUGUUUCUGUGUAUGAAGUACGAUGAACUUUUCUAUACCGAUCCGUCCAGAGAGAAGGUGUCUGGACUCUGGAGUCUGGACAUAUAGAUGGAGGUGUGAACCGCCAGGUCCGCCACCACGUCCCUUCAUGUGUCUGAUUUUGAGGUGACUGCAAUGUCAUUUUUGGGGCCUUAAAUUUGUGAAAUCUACGGUCGUCAAUUGUCGC